AAUCACUACAGCACAUCGAUCAUGUUUAUCAUCUAUAUUUGUGUCUUUCUCACAUCAACCAUUAUAGAUUCCAAUGGGCUAGCCAUGGCCCAGAAGUUGGAACCGAUUGGUGGGAAAGGGGGCAAGCAGUGGGAUGACGGAGCCGACCAGGACUAUGUAGCAAAGGUUUAUAUACGUGGUGGUCGUGAAGGAAUUCACUACAUCAAAUUCGAUUACGUCAAGGAUGGGCAAUCCAUAGAUGGAGCAACCCAUGGUGUUUCGGGUGAUGGUUUUACACAUACGUUAGAGAUUGACCAAUCCAAGUAUGAACACAUUGUACUUAUGGAUUGUUACUACGAUGUCAAAACCGGUGUGAUGCAAGCCCUUCAAUUCAAAACAAACCUGAAGACUUAUGACUUGAUUGGAUAUCCAAAGGGGGCUACUAAAUUUUCACUCGGAGUCGAUGGCAAGAUUAUCAUUGGUUUCCAUGGGUUUGCUGGAAGAUUCCUAAAUUCUCUCGGAGCAUAUGUAACAAAGGCUCCUCCUACUAAAUCGGAACUCGUAGGUGGUUUAUAUGGUGGGGUAUAUUGGGAUGAUGGUCCUAAUUAUGAUGGUAUAAGAAAGGUGUACAUUACUUAUACCAACACUCUUAUAAGGAGUAUAAGCACAGACUAUGACAAAGACGGUCGAGUAGUAACAUCUUCUCAUGGGAGCAAAGAUGGAGAGACCAAGGAGUUUGUAAUCGACUAUCCAAAUGAAUUUUUGACAUCCGUUGAAGGCACCUACAACACAAUCCCUGAUGAUGGCGUUUUGGUCGUUAGGUCAUUGAUCUUCAAAACAUCUAAAGGGAGAAUUUCUCCCACGUAUGGAUUUGUGUCUGGUACCCAGUUUGUGUUGGAGAAGCAAGGUAAUGUUAUUGUAGGGUUUCAUGGACGUGAUGGUGGUGCCUUCGAUGCUAUCGGAGUUUAUUUCUCACCGAUUAUUACUUCGUAAUUGAUUACUAUGAAUAUCACGAAUGAUUAGGGUUCCAUAGUCAUGAGUUAGAACGGUUUGACCAUGGUGCCUUAGUGCUUUCUCGUAUGUCUUACCUACUUUAAUGUACGUGUUUUAUCACUCUAAUGUUGCUUAAAUAACUUGUGUUACUUUUCGAUCCUGCAAAUCUCAUAUAGUAAAACAAGAUUUCAAGUAA